GGUGAUAUUUUUAUAAUAGUCUUCAGUAUGGACAGUCGUGACACAUUUGAGGAAGCAAUAAGAUUAAGGGAGCAAAUUUUGGAAACAAAAUUAAGUGCAGCAGCAGCGUCGAGCACAAGCGGCAUAGCAAGAAGGAAAAUUUUACCCCGAGUACCUAUGGUGAUCGCAGGAAACAAAUGUGAUAAAGAAAUGAGAACUGUUACGCCCGAAGAAGCUAAGAAUUACUGUUCGAGCCAAGAAUGUUGCACAUUUGUGGAGGUUUCGGCGAAAAGGAGCUACAAAGUGGACGAAGUGUUUUAUCAGUUAUUCCUCAAUGCCAAUUUGCCGUUAGAAAUGGCGCCGAAUCACCAUAAACGCGUAAGUGCUAACUUUGGUUCUCCGUGUCCGUUACCGCCAUCAGCCCUCCCUUCACAUGCAAAAAAGUAUACUUUGUCUGUUAAACGCAGGUUAAGCGAUGCAUGCGGAGUAGUAACGCCAAAUGUCAGACGUCCGAGCAUAAGAACUGACCUAAUGAUAAUGCGAACUAAAACUUGCUGCACCACAGAUAAUAACAGCAAUCCUAAUAGUCCAGGCCUAAGACUUAGAAGUGUGAAAAACAAUUGUACGUUGCAAUAACCCUAACGAUAAUACAAAAAUGUUAUACUUCAUUUACUUUCUCUAGCA